GUUAGGUUUGGUGAUUCAGUGAGUCAUUUUGUUGAACAGUUGUGAACAAGUGAACUUCACAUUGCGCUUCAGUUUCACGAAAUGCGAGAGAGGAGAUAUGUCGGUGGAGUAUUCAACACAGCCGCCUUCUUAUCUGCGUCGUGAAUGUUGAUACCUCCGUCAUUCACAAGUUUCCUCAAACAGCUUGUCCACAAAUUGAUUGCCGAUUGAUUUCAAGUAUGAGAGCAAGUCUUCGCCGGAUACCUACUCUGCUCCUUGCACUCCGCGGUAAUCUCCAAUUGAAUCGGAUACCGCCGUACAUCAAAUCAGACCGCCCUCUGCACCUUCUCUCUCGACACCCCAUCGCCGCCACCCCCUCAAUUUCCGCGUCCUUCACUUCCUCAAUCCACAAUCACAGCGGAUCGGAGCAUGAAUCCGGAUCCGACUCCGAUGCUGAAGAAACGGAAGCUAUUUCAAUCCAUCCAAGCUCCUCGCGCGAUUUCGACGCCAUUGUGGACAUUCUACGAACACCUGGUGCGCAGGAAAGGAGCACAAAGCUGGAGCAAUGCGGAUUGAGUGUGUCGCCGGAGUUCGUCGCAAACGUCCUCUCCCGCGUGCGGAACGACUGGGAGGCGGCGUUCACCUUCUUCCUGUGGGCAGGGAAGCAGCCAGGCUACUCGCAUUCGCGGCGCGAGUACCACUCCAUGAUCUCCAUCCUCGGCAAGUUCAGGAAAUUCGACACCGCGUGGUCUCUGGUCGAGGAAAUGAGAGCCGCGUCCCUCGUCACGAAAAUGACGAUCCUGAUCAUGAUCAGGCGCCACGCGGCCGUGCACGACGUCGCGAAGGCGAUCAGCGCCUUCUACGGCCUCAGGCGAUUCAAUCUCGAGAUAGGAGUCGACGAAUUCCAGGGCCUGCUCUCAGCUCUAUGCAGGUACAAAAAUGUCAAAGAUGCAGAGGAUCUCCUGUUCUGCAACAAAGCCGCCUACCCGCUCAACACGAAGAGCUUCAACAUCAUCCUCAACGGCUGGUGCAAUGUGAUCGGCAGCCUUCGCGAGGGGAGGAGGAUUUGGAUGGAGAUGGAGAAGAGAGGGGUUCGACACGAUGUCUACUCGUACUCGAGCAUCAUGUCUUGCUAUUCCAAGAUGGGGAAUCUCAAUGCAGUGAUGAGGCAUUACGAAAAGAUGAAAUCUUUAGGCAUCAAACCGGAUAGGAAGGCCUACAACUCAAUGAUCCACGCUCUGGCAAAGGGGAGGUUCGUGGACGAAGCUCGUGCCCUCAUGGAGACGAUGGACGAGGAGGGAAUCGCACCAGACACCGUCACUUACAACUCGCUGAUCAUGCCUCUUUGCAAGUCGCAUCUCUUGAAUGAGGCAAACCGGGCCUUCGAGGAGAUGGUGGAGAGAGGCGUGGCGCCCACUGUCCGGACCUACCACGCCUUCUUCCGCGCUAUAAAGACAACGGAGCAAGUGUUUGAGCUUCUGGAGAGAAUGCAUACCACCGGGUGCCAUCCGAGCCACGAUACGUACAUCAUGUUGAUCAGGAAGUUCUGCCGGUGGCGCCAGAUUGAUGAUGUGUUCAAGGUGUGGGGCGAGAUGGGGAGGAAUGGGCUCGACCCGGAUAGGAGCUCGUACAUUGUGCUGAUACACGGCCUUUUCUUGAAUGGGAGGGUGGAUGUGGCUCAUAAGUACUAUGUGGAGAUGAAGGAGAAGGAUCUGUUGCCGGAGCCGAAAGUGGAUGCUAUGAUUCAAGAGUGGUUGGCGAGUAAGAAUGAUGCUAAUGGUGAAAGCAAUGUGAUUGGAUCAAGGGAGAAUGGAUCUAACUCUAGUAAAGUAGGGGAAAAGGAGAGGUUCAAAGCCAAGAACAAGUUAAAGGAUGUUGAAUUUCGGCGGCGGCCGGAAAUAAGGGGUGUUACUAGGGAAAGGGGCUUUUCGUUUUGGGAGGAUUGAUAUCAUCUGGUUUGCAACUUUUGACUAUGAUGAUUUUCCCAGACAAGUUAAUCUUGAGCAACCGAACACCCUCUCAAUCAAGAGCUAUCCUCUGUAUAGUUUUUAAACAUAUAGGUAUUUUAUUUUUAUAGAUUGAUAAGAUAGUACUAUGAUAUCUUUGAAUCUAUUUUUGUACUCCACUUAUAUGAAUCAAGCAAAAUUAGCUCGAAUGAUAGAUUUUAUAAGAAUAUUUAAGAUAGUCAAAGUUCUAUUU